AUGCCGCCUAAGCGCUGUGCCCCUGUGAAAGCUUCCUCCGGGGUGCCCAAGAGAAAGAAGAUAAUGACCAUCAGCGAAAAAGUGGAACUUUUAGAUAUGAUCAAAGAGGGCAGGAGUUAUGCAUCUGUGGCACGCCAUUUCGGGGUGAACGAAUCUACAGUGCGGUACAUCAAGAAAGAAGAAGCAAACAUCCGCAAAACUGCUUCAAUAACCUUCAAUAAAGAAGCGAAACGUGUGGUAACUCAGCUAAUAACGGAAUUGAUAAAAUUGGAAGCUGCACUGGCAUUGUGGAUUGCUGAUUGCAGGAAAAAGACAGUGACUUUGGACACUAAUAUGAUCAGGACAAAGGCCAAAGCUCUCUAUGACAAAAUCUUGCCCGAUGACGACAAUGAAGAGGCUGAAAAAGGUGCUGACGAACCUCGAGCCAGUAGCAGUGCUGCCAGGAGUGAUUCGCCUCCUCGAGCACGAGGCUUUUCAGCCAGCAAAGGCUGGUUCGAAAAAUUUCAAAAAAGAUACGGCCUCAGAAACGUGCUUAUGUAUGGUGAGGCUUCCUCUGCUGACAAUGAUGCUGCUUGUCGUUACGUGGAGGAAGAGUUUCCUAAUCUCAUCAGUAAGGGAGGCUAUCUCCCUAAACAAGUUUUCACAGUGGAUGAAACAUGCCUUUUUUGGAAGAGGAUGCCUUCGCGUACAUUUCUCUUCAAGGACGAAGUGAAGAGGCCAGGCUUCAAGGCUUACAAAGACCGUGUGACUGUCAUCAUGGCUGGCAAUGCUGCAGGUUUUAAGCUUGAGCCAGGCCUUAUUUAUGAAGCCAAAAAUCCACGGGCAUUAAAAAACAAAAAUACAGCUCUGUUGCCCGUGUUCUGGAUGUACAACUUUAAGGUCUGGAUAACGAAAGCUCUGACCCUUGAAUGGUUCCUCCAUUGCUUCAUUCCCCAGGUGAAGUUGUAUCUGGCUGAAAAGGGCCUCCCCUUUAAGGCCCUCCUCCUGAUGGACUGUGCAGGAGGCCAUGCAACAGACCUGCAAUAUGACGGUGUGCAGAUAAGAUUUUCUGCCCCCGAACAAUUCCAAUUCAGCCAAUGGAUCAAGGUGUUAUCCGUGCCUUUGAGGCACUCUACACUCUCUCCACGAUGGAGGGCCUCAUUUCGGCAGUUGACGAUGCCAAUGACGAAUUCAUCUUGA